AUGUCCUCGACGCUCAUGCAUCCUCGACACAUGGAUGACAUGAUUCACCACCAACACCACGACCCGCGUAUGGCGCCACUGCCCCCAGCCACUGCCUUCACACCGGCCUCGCCAAUUCAGCCACCGGAAGUGGAGGUGGGUAGGGAUGAAUUUGACCCCAUCCAGAAGAGUUUCCUUCCGCCGGAGGAGGCAGAACGGGUCGGUGGUCGGUCGGCUGAUAAGCCGGACGACAAAGUCUACUCCCUGCUGGGCAUCUAG